AUGGAAGAGCGAGAAUGUAUUCUGGAUGAGCACAAUCUGUACAGGGAUAAGAUGGCACGCGGCGAAUUCUCCAAUCAUUUCCUCCCCAAAACGAGCAACAUGCAUGUCUUGAGUUACGAUAAAGAGGCCGAAUUCAUAGCUGGCUGUUACAUAAAGCAAUGCAUCUGGGGUCACGAUAAGACUCGACUGACGGUGAAGGGUAGAAACCUAGGACAAAACUUGUACAGUUACUCGGUUUCGGUGGAGAGGAACACACUGAACUGCAAAUUGCUGAGGACUUCGCUCGACGGGUGGGUGAACAAUGAACUUAAGUUCCUAAACGAGAGUAACGCUGCUUCGUGGGGUGAAAGAUACACCUUCUUGUACGAAGCUGGUCAUCUUACGCAGGUCCUGUGGAGCAACACUAAGUACGUGGGCUGCGCAAUGCUUCAUUCCAGAAGAAACGGCAAAGCAUUUCACGUGUACGAUGUGUUCUGCGACUAUCUCCCACCGGGAAAUUAUCGAAAUAAAGCCAUGUACAAGAAGGGAGAACCGGCCACCGACUGCGCCCCGCUUAAAGCGAACGACAGAUAUAAGCAUCUGUGCGGUCCUAUAAGACCCAUAAGCGAAGACACAUACAUACCUCCAACGGACGCUCCCGGAGAUAUGCAAUUUAGUGAAGAUAAUGUUAACAGUUUUAAGUGCACCCCAUUCCUUAUUUUCACCAUAAUUAUUAAUAUUUUGUUCAUAUUAUAA